AUGCGCAAUCCGCUUAGGGCCAUAAUUCAUGGCCAUUCCCCGUUAGAGAUUCGACCGACAUUACGGCGAAUACGUGCCUGUCCGCAUCCAUGGUCAACCCUCUUCUUUCUUAUUUGGCCCUUUCCAUGGCGGUAUACCUUACCAUAUCCACUUCUAUCAGUGGAAGAGAUUGAAAAGCACCCUAAUUUUCACGAUGAACGUCAAUCUGGAAUUCGAAAACUCCACAACAUCCCAAUCUACCGCAUCCGCGAUACGCCGCUCCGCUCGCUAUAUCGACUUGUUGAGGAUCUGUGUGCCACAGAGUUCAUUAUGAUGGGCUACGAGUGUGAAUACUUUUUUUACCAUCGCGAGCGUCACUGGUCGUUGGCUUGCAUUCCAGACCCUCGGGACGAAGAUCCCAUCCGUUACGCUAUCCUUGCCAGUAUGGUGGAAGCACUGGUGGAUGCAUUCAAUUGGAGACUAGAACUUGGAAUUCGCCGGGAUAAGACAACAGACAAACUCGAACAGCGGAGUUUCAAUUUCGUGAGAGAAGAGGCCCCAUCCUGGACUUCAAAGAUUGGCCCUGUCGCAAAGCCCCUAGCUUUUCAUGAGGCUGGCUCCAGUGACAUGACGAUGGAGCAACGUUUUUUCAAAAGAAACAUCAGAGUGCCGAAUGGAUACUUGUACACGGUAUAG